AUGAGGAUGUGGGCUGUGCGGCUGUAUGCGCACUGCUGGCUGCUUGCGUAUUCCUCUCUCUCUGCUCACAUUCCCUGUGUGGACUACCAUCUUGCAUUGAACGUUUGCACUCUUCGCUACACCUUCUUGACUACAGAUUCAAUGGACAAAGCAUUCGAAGACACCUUCCAGCUGCAUGGAGAAUCACCCGGCCCUGCUCCAGUGCCUCAGAGCGAAAUCUCUAAAGCACAAGCCUCAAACCCAUUGUCUUCGGCGACUCAAGAUGACACACCAGCUGAAGAAGGAGAAAUUCUGUAUGCUUCUUCCACUCUUGCGGCAUAUAGUGAUAAUAACAUUGUAGAAGGCCUCAUUUGA